UUUCACUAAAGAACUAAAGAAGUGACAUGGCGUCCGGGUAGGAUGAAAGUUGACUGUUACAAUCCAAACGUUAAUGUUAUUUUUAUGACAUUAAUUUGAUAUAUUAUUAAAUAUAUAUAUAAACAUAAAACCGAGAGCCGCGAAUUAAAUAAAGACACCGGCAUUGAUGGUAAUGCAUGCGAGGAAACCACAAAGGAUCAGCGAUGGGUACUUCGAAAAGCACCAAACCCAUCCCUAUCAGCAGAACGCCAAGUACAGCGGUUCAAAAGGCGGCUAUCCCUCAUCAACAGUGUCAUCGGACAAUCGUUACGAGGGACGAAUGCGCGAUUCUCCAAAUGGUAAUUCGUAUAGUCCAGCUGGUGGAUUGGGCAUGGGCAUGCCUGUGGAUCGCGAGAGUCCACGUAGCUACACAACCAAACCUCUUUAUAAGAAGGAGAGAGAAAAUAGAGACUACAAGUUAUCUUCUUCACGAGAAAAGUAUUCCGAUUGUGCACGAUCUCCAAAAGACAAACGAAGCCGUGACAGUCGGGAUUCUGAGCACCGGACCAAUCAUGACAGGAGUGGUGGAGAGAUCUUGCAUCCCAUAAAACUAUCUAAUUCCUCCCGAGAAUCGUCGCAGCGUAAACCUGCACAUAACUCUUGUCAGGAUAAAAGAGGAGAUGAACGAGGUGGUGUCGUUGAACGAGGAGCAAGGUUCGGUGACUGGUCAGAACACUUGAGUUCAUCAGGUAAAAAGUAUUAUUACAACUGCAAAACAGAAGUAUCACAGUGGGAAAAACCACGUGAAUGGAUUGUUCGAAAUGACAGUAGGCAACGUCAAUCGAAUGAUUAUUCAACUAGGUCAAGUCAUGAUAAACAUUCCAACUCGCGAGCCAACAGUAGCAAUAUAAGGGACAGCAAAUCCCGGCAGAUAGACAAACGCGAGUACUGGGGAUCGUGUUCAGGCAGCAAUCAACCCAGCAAUAGUGUGGGCAGUUCCAGCAGAGAUGAUUUGCUGUCGUUAUCCUCCCGCGAGCGCGACAAAGAGCAGCGCGAGCGUGACCGCGAACAAAGGGAGCGAGAGCGCGACCGAGAGCAGCGUGAGCGUGAACGCGAACUACAGCAACAGCAGCGAGAACGUGAGCAGCAGCAACGUGACAGAGAUGACAUGUGUGGCGGUGAGCGUCAGUCCCAGGACAUGGACAUAUCGCCGGGUGAUUCAACGCCGACCUCGGAAACUCAGACAUCUCUUCACGACACAAUGCCCCAAGGACCUGUGCUCCUAGCCACCGCGCUCCCAAGAUUAUCUUCUCAUCCACCCACAUCUUUACCCUCGACAACUGGAAAAUUGUCGUCAUCCCCUACGACGCACAGUAGUCAACCUGGUAACAGCAAUGCACCUGGUCCUCCGGUUACUCUCGCUAACUUGCCGAGAUUAUUGUCACAAAUAACUGGUAGCAAGGAUCAGAAUGAUAUCACACCUAAGCAGGCACUUCAAACUAUACAGACUGCUCUUUUUCUGUCGCGACAACAGUCAGGAAGCAGCGAUCGAGGCUGCAACGAUCUUAUGGCGCCUCUAAAAGUGGAUACCAGCGGUAAUGUCAAUUCUACGAAUGAAGGUCCCCCGACACCAACUCAUUCGGAGACACAGGAUUGUAUUGAUGCGAGAAAGAUGGUGAGUCCUGGAGGAUUAAAUGCUAGCGUUCAGGGACUCAGUUCGCUGCAAGGAGUCAGCACGUUGGGUUCUCUUGGUAGUCUUGGUAGUGCUGGAGGGUUACAAGCGCUUUCGAGAGUUCAGCCACCGUUAACACCUUCACUGACACCUUCACUUGCUAAUCAUUAUCGGGAAGAUUUGACUCAACAUGUUCGCGCUUUUCCGGCUGAUAUUCUUGAGAAACAGGCCCAAAAAUUAAGUGAAGAAGCACAUACAAUGGGAAGUUUACAAUGUACUAGAGUUUCAGCAGAGCUCAAGACUGCUCGAUCGUUAGUAAGGCUCACUGAAAUUCAAGCUACAUUACAAGAACAAAGGAUAUUAUUUUUACGCCAACAAAUCCACACCUUGGAGGAGCUGAAAUCCCAAAACUCCUUUAUGGCUGAUGACUCUUAGUGUAAGAGACUAUAAAAAUUAUUGAUUAAUUAAUUAAUAAUUAAAAUAAUAAUAAUAAUAAUAAUAAUAAUAAUAAUAAUAAUAAUAAAGAUAAUGAAGAAACCUAUAAUUAAUUCACGCAAGUAAACAAGAAUAAAAACAUAAUUAUUAUUCUCAUUAAUAUUAAAAUAAAAAAAAAUAUAAAAAAAAAUAAUAAAAAAAAGUAAUUAAGAAGUGUACCUAAAUUAUGUCAUUAAUGUAAAAGUGAUAUGAAUUAGCGAAUGAUGAUUGGGCUGCCUAGAGAGGAUAGGCUACGCUUCUCAAUCUAUAAUUAAUUAUCAAUUAUUAUUAUAAUUAAUUUUUAUCGUCAUUUAGCAUUGUCGUUUCAUCAUUAUCAUUAUCGUCUCGUCAUCCUCGUUAUCAUCAUCCAUUUAUAAUAAUAAUUACGGAUUAAUUAUAAAGUAUAUGAAAUAAAUAAAAAAAAAAUUAAUUAUUAAUUAUUAAUUAAUAAA